UAAAUAUAAUAAAUAUGGAGCCAGCACAAAGAAGCAGAAUGUUUGGAUUCACCCCAUCUGGACAUUCAAGGAAUAGAAUUCUGUUCAAAGGGCCUUCCAGACCAGAAAGAUACUUCUUUUCAUUUGGGCCGAAUGAGCAAGAGAGAGAGAAAAUCAAUGAUUUGGAUCCCUCAAAAUUUGAUGAGAAAAUCAUGCGCCCAUUCAUUAAGAAAGCAUCUGAGUUUGAGCAUAACUUAUACAGACUUAAGAUGCUUGAUCAAAAGGUGGAAAGUAAUAAGAGGUCCCUAAAUCUUUGAAAAUAAUUAUAAAGAGAAUGCUUAUUCUGAGAAUUUAAGCCAAACAAAAAAUAAUUUGGAGUCUAUUUAUCAAGAACUCAACAGUAAUGCUUGCCUGGAUAUUGAGCAAGAGCUGAAAUCUUAUCUUCAAAGCUUUCACAACUUGAGAGAAAAAGCUAGUGACUUCCUCGAAGACUGCAAUGCAGAGUAUGAGAAACAUCAAGAUAUGGAAUCUCAAAAUUUGAACCCAGAAGAAGAAAAUAAUUUAAUGGCCUUGCAAGUUAAACACCCAGGAGAUCUGUUAUACUUCAAAAAUAAAACAAUGAGAAGCAUGAAUCAGGAGGGUAGUAAAAAUACCACUACUAAUCAACAGGUUGAAAAAGCUGUCAAGUGCCAAUCACCAAUCCAAAUCAUAUGUCCCAUUACUGAAGGAGCAAUUUUGAAGAGAGAGACGCAGAAGAUCAAUUCCCAAAUAAGGGAAUUCCUAGACUCAAAGCUCACAACUCCAUCCUUAUUUACUGCUACUCCCUCUUUUCUAAUGAAUCAAACUAAAGUUUACCGCCUUUUAAAGAAAUAUGGGUCUUAUUCUCCUUCCUUUUUUUUUGAAUUUGCGAUAGAGUCAAGCAGAAGUUCUCGAAGAUCACAGAAAAUAGCACUUGAAAAUAUGCCAAGAGAGAGCAAGCAUGAUUAUGUGUUGGAAAAUCAUUGCCAAGAAAAAGUUGAUAUCUCUUACUUUCUCUCUCCAAUCAUCAAGAUAAAUCAUAUGUGAGAAUCCCAUCUGGCACUAAACUCCUUCAAAAUCAACGAGAAGCAGUUCUGUCGUCUCAUCGCUUCAAAUAGAGCUCGCAAAAUUUCUGAAUUUGCUGAAUGUGAGCUUGGAAUAACCAAAAACACCAACCUAUCCCUCUUCCUCAAAGGAUCAAAACUCCAAAACAUAAAGCUAACCAACACAAAAAUAACCACAUUGACCGACCCCUCCAAUUACUCAGAAACCCUCGAAACUUUCAUCAGAGCAUUCUCUACAUCAGAAGAUUUUGUGAGAAGUGUUUUUAUUUUGAAAUUUUUGGAGUAUAAGAUGAGGAGAGAGGAAGAAGGGCAUAUUAAGGACAAGAUGAGUAAGGUUUUAGAACAACUCGAAUUGAGAAAAUGGACAAUUGUUUGUUCAGGGACAUAUUAGGCUUUAUGACUUGACUCAAUUGUGGAAA